ACUCGAGGGCCGGUGGUUCAGAUGCCGUCGGCGUGUCGAGCGGCGGAGGUCAAGGGCUGGCUGGAGAGUCCAGAAGGGUUCAGUGCCAUCAAACAGGCCUUCGAUCACACCAGCAGGUUUGCUCGUCUGGACCGGCUGCAGGCCAGUUUGGCCGGGAGGAACCUGUACAUCCGCUUCCAGUCUCAGACCGGAGACGCCAUGGGCAUGAACAUGCUGUCAAAGGUGUGUGUGAUGAACCAGAGCUCGAAUGCCUCUCAUAUUACAGCAGAUUUAUGGGUCACAGAGCGUCUGACCUUCAUGCCUGAACCCUUUACUCCAGUACUGACUUCAGUAGAUGUUCCUGCUCUGCUUUAAAUGCAUUACUAUAUUCAAAUACACACCUUUACCAAUAUGUGGGCAUGACACAAUAAUAAUGAAACUUC